AUGUGUUAUUUAACAAGAACGGAUGCAAAAGAUUUACCAGUCCAGUGGGAAUGGAGAGCCAAUCCAGAUCAAUGGAUCCCUUACGAUUUGGAAUCUUCAUCUGAACUAGAAAAUGCAUAUCAAAACAAUUUGGCAGUGCUGACUCCCAAACAAGGCUAUUUUGCAUCAAUACCCGAUCGAUACGAAAUUAGGUUUAAUUAUACCACAAGGCGUUUUCAACAAACAAAUAUCACAAGCGGUGGUAUGAGGAGAAUUAGAAGAAUCGCGAAUGAUGACAACUCUAUUCUUCAGCCGGUUCCUUUCGAAGACGUGACACCUGAAGACACUUGUAUUAUAUGUUUAGAUUCCUUCGUUGACCCAGAUACUACCACAUCGGAUCAACAUAUCGUCAAACUGCCUCCAUGCCAUGGGCACUAUUUUCAUAGAGUAUGUGUGGCCGCUGCAAUUAAGUUGAGGGAUGAAUGUCCAAUGUGUAAAAAAAGGGUCGAUUAUUAA